AUGAUGGAGGAUACCCUCGAUGAGGAGUACGAUUUUGAUUAUGAGGAUGAUGACGAGGAUCAAGAUGAUGAGGCCCACAUGGAGAAUCAAUACUACAAUGCCAAAGCCAUCAAAGCGGAGGAUCCUCGUCAGGCUAUUGAAGAUUUGCAGAAAAUUUGCGAUACUGACACCCCUCCAUCGGAAUGGGGAUUCAAGGCAUUGAAGCAGCAGGCCAAGAUUUUAUUCCAUAUGGGGCGUUUCGAACAGGCUUUGAAGAAGUAUCAAGCGCUUUUGCCAUACACCUCUACUACCAUCUCCCGAAAUUAUGCGGAAAAAUCAAUCCUGUCCGUUCUCGAUUAUGUCUGUGCCUCGACCUCAAUUGGCGCAGACAUUGUGGAUGCCUACAUCGCUGCAACGCGACAGGCACCCCAAUCACUUCUUACUGAUCGUUUUUUAACCAAAAUACAACUGAAACUCUCGAAGCAUUGGCUGCAAAGGCAGGAAUGGAGCCGAUUGGACACAACAUUGAAAGACAUUCUUUACAUGAAUGGUGGCGAUGGCCGAGUAGAUGCGCAAAUGCAAGGGACAACCAUGCUUGAACUUCUUUCAAUGGAGAUUCAGAUGCAUAAGAAACUAGGCAAUCUGAAACUUGUUCGGGAAACGUAUGAGCGAGCCUUGCAAAUUAAGAACGCAAUUCCUCAUCCACGAACGAUGGGCAUGAUUCGCGAGCACGGAGGGAUGAUGCAUAUGGCAGAAAAAAACUGGGAGGCUGCGCAGGUGGAUUUCUUUCAAGCGUUCCGUAACUACGAUGAGGCUGGAAGCCCUCAGCGAGUACAAGUGCUGAAGUAUCACAUGCUUGCUCAUAUGCUCAUGGGAAGUGGCAUUAAUCCAUUUGAUUCGCAAGAAAUUAAACCAUAUAAGGAAGACCCGCAGAUCUUGGUCAUCUCUGAGUUUAUGAAUGCAUAUGAAAAGCGUGAUGUCCAACUGGCGCAAAGCGUGCUAGCUCGCAACAACGACAUAUUCCACGAGGAUGAGUUUAUUCGUGACUUUGUCCCUGAUGUGAUGCGUGAACUGCGUAUCCAAUAUGUCCGAGACCAGGUCCUGCUAUACCGUGUACUAGAUUGGCAGCACUUGGCAGAGUACUUUGUACUCCCCGCUCUCGUGACUGCCACUGGCAUGUUGGUGAACGCUGCUCCUGUUGCCAACACCGGCAUGACUGGUUUCCAGCCCCUUGCUCCUGCCUCUACUCGCCCUGGUGAGCAGAUGGCCGUGCAGUGGAGCCCAGACCUGUCGGGCUCGCAGGAGUGGAAGCACAUGGACAUUUCGCUUGUGUCGGUCUCGAAGAACGGUAAGCAUCACGUCACGAAGCUUGCUUCGAACGUGGAUGGUACUAACCCUAACAACAAUAUGUACACUGCUACUGCUCCCGCGCAUAUGCGCAACGACAACGUGUACUACAUCCAGUUCUCGCACGGCAACUCCAAGCUGAACUCGCCCCAGUUCUUCAUCGAGAACCCGGACAGCUCGUUCAGCAAGUUGCACGCCCGCAGUGGUGCAAGUGCUCAGACCUCGGAUACGCCUGGUGCUGUUCCAGACGAGUCCCUGUACCCCAACGGCAACUCGGACUCGACCUCGGGCGGCCUUGAUUCGCUUGGCGGCAGCUCGAGCACUGACUCGACGGAGGGCAGCGACAGCGCUGACAGCAGCAGUGGUAACGGCAACCUGCUCAACACUAUGGUGCAGCAGGGCUCCGCGGCGAUGGACCACAUUUCGCAGGUGUUCCAGCAAGCUGCCGGUCAGAGCAACGGUGACAGCGGCAGUGGCAGUGACAGUGCCAUGCCAAGCCUUUCCCUGAGUCCUCAGGCGGUGGCCGAGCAGCUUAUGAACGGCAACUCUAACAGCACGAGCACGCACACCAACAGCCGUGAGAGCACACGUGGUCGCAACAGCGAGAACGCCCUGGACACCAACGAUGCUCAGGACGCCUCGUCUGUCGCAGACUUGAUUGGCCAGAACAUUUUGAGCCAGAGUGCGCUCCCGACUGAUGCUUCUGCGAUGACGAGCAUCCUCAGCUCGAUGCAGCAGGAGGGUGCUACGUCGGUGGAUGACGUGUCCUCGACGUCGCGUUCGCACUCGAGCUCGCGUCAUCACCACCAGUCGCCGUCAUCGACGUCUAGCCACCCCCGCUCUUCGUCGUCGCAUGCUCGUCCGACCUCGUCGUCGUCGUCUCACUCGCGUCACCACAGCUCGUCGUCGUCUUCGUCGGCUCUGCCCACGUCGUCGGUGGACGCUUCCUCGGCUUUGUCGUCAGCCACCGUGUCUUCUACGGAGGCUGUGCCUACCUCGACCGCUGGUGCUGCUACCGAUUCGGAUACGUUCCACAACGCCAUGGCUGCGACCGCCACUGGUGAUGCUGGCUCGAUGGCUGGUCUUUCGCGCCGUGCCGACGGUCCGUUCAACCAUGCCAUCUCUCGCAUCGCGCAGGCGGCUAACUCGGCGUCACUGGACCCGUCGUCGUUCACGAUGGCGACGGGCAGCUCGUCGAACGCUACUUCGGCGACUGGUUCUGGCUCGAGCUCCGACUCGGCCUCGUCGACUUCGUCGCCAUCGAGCCACCACCACCACCACAGCCACAGCCACAACAGCACCAGCACCAGCACCAGCACCGGCGCUAGCACGGACUCGGCCUCGGCCUCGUCGAGUGCUACGCGCAGCUCGCAUCACCAUGGCUCCAGCAGCACGGCUGUGCCCAGCUCGGUCGUGGAGUCGAUGGCCAGCUCGCUGUCGAUCAACCCGGAACGUGCUUCCUCGCUCCUCCGCUCUCUCGGUCGCUCGGACAAUGACGUGUCGGACUCUGUGUCGUACUACCUCGGCAUGGACCCGCUCGCUGGCUACGGUGACUCGAGCGAGACGGCCACCUCAUCCUCGAAUGCCGUGCCCACGUCGACUGCUUCGGGCUCGAUGACGCGUAUGCGUCAGAGCAGCAGCGCCGACAGCAGCAGCAACACCCGCACUCGCAGCCGCAGCAGCCAAGCCAGCAACACCGGCAGCAGCAGCGCCUCGUCGGGCCGUGGUGGCAACAGCCGCAGCUCGUCGCGCUCUGCGGCGGGUGACAGCAGCGACAGUGUGAUGCAGGUGCUUGCGCAGGGUAUUCUGGGCAACUCGGGUCUGUCGUCAAACCAGAUUGACCAGUACUACAGCGAGAUGAACGCGCAGCCUACGGGUACGUCGAACAGUCGCGGUAGUGGCAAUGGCCAGAUGGGUGCUUCCCUGCACUACAGCUCGGCGGCUGCCAGCAUGUCGGAGGCGUAUUAA